UUAAUGACAAAAUUAUAACGAUCUGGCAUCCCUUUUGGAAUCUGGCUGUACGACAAAACAGCUUGAACUUGUAAACAAUGAACAAUAACAUAAAAAAAAUAUAUAACUAAAAUGUUGAUUAAUGCAAAGUCCAUCCUCUAUAAGGAAAUGGUGGAGAAGCUGUACGAAAAAUGUCAAAGGAUACAAGCGGAAAAUGAGCGAUGUGUGAUGAGGGUAAACGGCAUUAAGAAGAUUAUCAGGCGGCGCAAUCACGACGUGGAGUUGCUAAAGAAGCGGCUGGAUAAGCAUGGCGACAACUGGAGAUCACUACCCAUGGAGGCACCGCAUCCCAAAGGAAAAACUGAGCAGAAACGUCGUGGACCAAAACCGAAAAAUAAACAACCUAUCGACGGAGAGGCAACGUCUUCCGGCGCAACUAAUCCGGCGGCAAAAAAGCCACGAAAACAAAAGGUUAAGCAGCCCACCAGCCCGAGCUCCAUUGUACACCCAACACAACCACAAAUGACCGGAACGUAGUAUUCUAAGAAACAUAAUAGAAUUUAGGCAUUAAAACUAAUAUUAUUUAAAACCUUAUCCUUGAUUUCUCAUACGAAAUGUAUUCCACUAAGCAAAAAAUCUUUAAAAAUCAUAGCAGAGCCUUUAUUUAAACCUGUAUCUGUAGCGAAAGCCAAAAGAUCCUAAAACAAAAAGCAAACCAUCUGAUCACAAUCAGGACUAAAAAGCAUGAGAUUAUUUUAAA